AAUUAGUAUCCGAAGAGAUGUCUUUAAAAGAUACAUAAACAUGUGUGUAACACUGUCCGUGUAACGUAUUGUAGAGACGAAUUAUGUAUGCUAGAUAAGACUUUGGCUUUAGUGAAGCCUAUCCUCGUUUUAUUUUCGUUCCUUCUACUUCGAUGUCUUUAGCAAUUUUUUUGUUGUUGAUUGACUUAUUAUUAUAUUAUUUCGUUCCUUCUACUUCAAUGUCAUUAAUCUUUUUUUUUACCAAAUGCUUUAUUAGUAUGUCAUUUAUUCCAUUCUGGUUAAGUAUCUGUAACAUUGUUUUUGUUCGUUGUUGAUUGUUUCAUUAUGUCAUAUUGUUGCCUUCUGUUUCAGUGUCCAUAAACAUUUUUUAUUGUUUAUUUUAUUGCAUUUUCUUUUUAUUACCUCGAUGUGAUCAACAAUAUUUUAUAUAUUGGUGGUUGCCUUGUUAUUAUGCCAUUUCCUUCCCUUCUACUUUAGUUUCCGAAACUUAUUUUUGCUUUAUUAUUAUUAUGUCAUUUUCUUUCAGCAUGCUUCAGUUUGUUGCUGAUUUACUUGUUGUUAUUAUGUAGAAUUUCGUUUGGUAAAUAUUAGGUUUGUUACUUAGUUUUUAUGAAACAUUAUACGUGAAUUAAGAGCGUAACGUACAAGGUGUCGAGAAAUUAUGCUAAGACAUUUAUUUACAUUUUUCCUGGAUAUUUUGGACACUCAAGUAAACUAUUUUGUUAACGUUAUUCUCUGAAAUCUAGAGUAUGAUUUGCUGUUUCAAGUAAUUCUAAUCUUGUCAGAUAAAUUAAAUUAUUCAUAACACGUUGCAGAAAGUUAUUGUUGUUGCUGUUUUUUCUUAGCGCAAAGCUACACAAUGGAGUAUUUGCACUCUGCCCCUCGCGGGAAUCAAACAUCGUAUUUUAGCGUUGUAUGACCGUAAACUUACCGCUGAACCUCCGAGGGUAAUUCAGUCAGUAUUUGUUUAAGAAAAAAUAUUAAUUUUUAUUUAUUGGUUUGUUUUAAGGUCCGUUCAGAAAAGACUUGAGAUUGAUACUACAAGCAAAAAACAAAACAAAAACUAUUUAAAUAAGAGUUCUUACUGUUUAUUAAAAAAAAACCUCGAAACAGACGCUUUAUUUUAUAUUUUUUUUCGUUUCUGAAUCAAACGUGCUUCUGCAUCAACGUAAACCUAGAAGUGUUAGCCGAUACAGGGGAGGAAAAACUACUUUUCAAAUUUGAGUCAUCUCCAAAGGUGUGUACACAAACACGUCUGAGCUUGACGUAGGUCAAAGUUCAUGGGAUGCUACUGAAAACCGACAGUGGUAAAUGAAUUGACUGAUUCGACACACAAUGUCGAACAAAAAACACAAUUUAUUUGUUAAUCUUAAGUUGCUUUUGUCGUAGAGUAAAAAAACUGGAUUUUUUUUCUCUCAGAAUUUGUUCAUAGCCUGGUUUAUGUAUGCUGUACUGUUAUAGCAGUAAUGGUUUAAUACUAUUAAAUAUACUAGACACAUUUAAAAGUUUUCAGCCAGAGUUUGAGAAGUGGGUCCACCGUUGAAUGGCCAGAAUGUUUAUUUAAAUUUUGUUUGUUUUGUCAUUGAAAUUUGCAAGUUUUUAAUAUUCCAUUUCCAAUACUAAACAUAAAACUGUUACUUAUACAGAUUUCGAUCGAUCCUACAGUACGGUUAAUGGAUACAGUCUGGAUUUGGACAGUGGGUUAAUGGGAUAUAGUCUGGAUUUGGACGAUCAAUUAAUGGGAUACAGUCUGGAUUUGGAAGAUCGGAUAAUGGGAUACAGUCUAGAUUUGGACAGUGGGGUAAUGGGAUAUAGUCUGGAUUUGGACAGUGGGUUAAUGGGAUAUAGUCUGGAUUUGGACAGUGGGGUAAUGGGAUAUAGUCUGGAAUUGGACGAUCAAUUAAUGGGAUACAGUCUGGAUUUGGACAAUGGGUUAAUGGGAUAUAGUCUGAAUUUGGACGAUCGAUUAAUGGGAUACAGUCUGGAUUUGGACAGUGGGUUAAUGGGAUAUAGUCUGGAUUUGGACGAUCAAUUAAUGGGAUACAGUCUGGAUUUGGACAAUGGGUUAAUGGGAUAUAGUCUGAAUUUGGACGAUCGAUUAAUGGGAUACAGUCUGGAUUUGGACAGUGGGUUAUAGUCUGGAUUUGGACGAUCGAUUAAUGGGAUACGGUCUGGAUUUGGAAGAUCGGAUAAUGGGAUAUAGUCUAGAUUUGGACGAUUGGUUAAUGGGAUAUAGUCUAGAUUUGGACGAUUGGUUAAUGGGAUAUAGUCUAGAUUUGGACGAUUUGUUAAUGGGAUACAGUCUGGAUUUGGACGAUUGGUUAAUGGGAUACAGUCUAGAUUUGGACGAUUGGUUAAUGGGAUACAGUCUGGAUUUGGACGAUUGGUUAAUGAGAAACAGUCUGGAUAUGGACGAUUGGUUAAUGAGAAACAGUCUGGAUAUGGAAGAUCGGUUAAUGGGAUAUAGUCUGGAUUUGGACGAUCGGUUAAUGGGAUACAGUCUGGAUUUGGACGAUUGGUUAAUGAGAAACAGUCUGGAUAUGGACGAUUGGUUAAUGAGAAACAGUCUGGAUAUGGAAGAUCGGUUAAUGGAAUAUAGUCUGGAUUUGGACGAUUGGUUAAUGGGAUAUAGUCUAGAUUUGGACGAUCGGUUAAGGAGAUACAAUGUGUUUAAAGCUUUAAUAUUUUUAUAAAGUCCAGUGAGUUUUAUCUUAAACUUAUGUCUCUCUGGUGACUCAACGAUAAGCCUGAAGGCUUAUAAUACAAAAAUUCGGAGUUCCAUUCAUCAUAGCGGACACAGGAGCUUAAAAAUAUUUUAACUUUUUCAUAUAAACUUUGUGUGGAUUUUGACGAAAAGUUAAAAAGAUACAUGGCUUGUUUAAAGUUUGAAUCAUUUAUUAAAGUCUACUGGGUUUUAUUUUAACUUUUGUUUCGUAAGCUUUGUCUGUCUUUAUAUGAAAGAUUAAGGAGAUACAGCUUAUUUAUCAUUUUUAAAAAGCCCUGCGGGGUUUACCAUAACUUUCUCUUUCCAAACUAUCAAGGUUUUAACGAACACCUAAUUAAAAUUGAAACGAUUUUAAAGGAUUUAGUAGUUUUAUCUUUAGAUGUGAACAGUUGUAAGGCGAAUGAAAGUAAAAGGCAUGUAAGCCAGUCAAAAUCUUGUUAUGGCCUUAUUAGUCGAGAGAAACUUAAGUAAAUUUUUAAAGUUUUUUUUUCUUCUCUAAGUGUUUUGAUUUUCGACAAACUGACAAAUGUAAUAUAAGUUGAAACCACACUGAAGCAUGGGCGUCCGCAGAACGGUGGGGGGCAAGAGAAACGUAAUUAUUUCUUUAUUCAUUUAGCAUAUGUAUAUGGAUUUUUUAUUGAAUUCACAAUUUCACACUACUUUGCCCACCCCGCCCCCGGAAGAAUUUCUGCGGACGCCCAUGCACCGAUAUUUCUUUUUGAUAUGUAAAGAUCAAGCAUGUUUGACUUUUACAUAGAGGUACAACAGUACGUUAUUAAAUCAUUGAAUAAUUUCUACAUAGAGGUACAACAGUAAAUUAUUAAACAUUGAAUAGUUUCUUACAUAGAGGUACAACAGUACGUUAUUUAACAUUGUAUAGUUUCUUACAUAGAGGUACAACAGUACGUUAUUAAACAUUGAAUAGUUUCUUACAUAGAGGUACAACAGUACGUUAUUAAACAUUGAAUAGUUUCUUACAUAGAGGUACA